AUGUCAUCAACUGACUCAUUCGGGACAAUAGACAGCUCCUCAUCUGUUUCCAAAAACGACCUCCUCCACUGGCUCAAUGACUUCUUCAAGCUUAACAUUGCAAAGGUCGAGCAUCUUGCCUCAGGCUCUGCAUACUGCCAAAUCAUCGAGUCAAUCUAUCCUGGGCAAGUUCAAAUGCACAAAGUUAAUUGAAAAGCCAAGCAUGAGUACGAAUUUAUCAACAACUUUAAGGUUUUGCAGCAGGCUUUUACUCGGUGCAGCAUUCAGAAGUACAUUGAAGUGGAAAAGCUUGUAAAAGGAAAAUUCCAAGACAAUCUUGAAUUUCUUCAAUGGAUCAAAAAAUUUUUUGACGCACACUAUAAUGGGGCAAGCUAUGAGCCAGCUCCGAGGCGAAGACCGCCUUCGAGGCAAAGCACCCCAGACACAAAAAGGCCGGUAAAAAAGGUAUUGGGAGAGCAUAACUCACAAGUCUCUCCAAUAGAGCCGGUUAAGGUAAAGCUAGAAACAGACGAAAUGAGGAUGACGAUCCACACAUUGGAAAAGGAAAGGGACUAUUAUUUUGGCAAGCUGAGGGAUAUUGAAAAUUUUAUACAAAAAUACGAAGAUCAAGAGCACCCAGUUAUAGCUUCAAUUCAAAAAAUAUUGUAUGCAGCAGGCGACGAUGCUAUGGAAAUAGAUCAAGCUUAA